AUGGGCAAUCCAGUUGUCUUUCUAGAUGUUUCAAAAGCAGGCUCUCCAUUGGGAAGAAUCAAGAUAGAGCUCUUUGCCGAGCAGCUACCAAGAACUUGUGAGAACUUUCGCCAAUUUUGCACUGGUGAAUACAAACGCAACGAGGGGCCAACUGGUUAUAAGGGUUGCAAAUUUCAUCGCAUUAUAAAAGACUUCAUGAUACAGGGAGGCGAUUUCGAAAAGGGAAAUGGAAAAGGUACAAUGACGAUAUUUGGCAAGUCUACAUUCGACGACGAAGGUUUUCCUUUCGAUCACAAGAAGUAUUCGGUGUCAAUGGCUAACUCUGGCCCCAAUACCAACGGGUGUCAGUUUUUCAUUUGCACCGAAGAUUCACCUCAUUUAGAUGGCAGGCAUGUAGUAUUUGGCCGUGUUGUGGAUGGGUUCUCUGUUGUUGAUGAGCUCAACCUUGUUAGAACUAAAGGAGACUGUCCAGUGGAGGAUGUGGUAAUUGAGGAGUGUGGUGAGAUGUAG